CAAAUAUGUUGUUAGUAACAUUUUAGAAUUUUAUGGGGAAGAUGCACAAUUACAACUUCUGUAGGUUGUGUGAAGGAAAAGUAAUAUAACUAGUAGUAACUAAUUACUGUUGCCAGAAAGUAAUAAGUAGUAAUAUUACUUUUUAAAGGUGUAACUAACGAGUAAUAAAUUACAUUUUUUGAGUAACGAGCCCAACACUGCUUAUAGACAAAUCUCACUUAAUCCAGUAACUGUUUUUAAGAAACCAAAUGAUUCAGUUCGCGACUGAACCGUUCCAAUGAUUCAGACCGAAUCGCGAUCCACGUUUGAGCAACUCAUAAAUAGAAUCGACUCAGAAGAAUGAUUCAUUCGCGAAACGGACAUCACACUUCUGAUUCAAAACAGACAAUAGAAAAUGCAAGGCAGGCGCUCUAAAACUCAGUUAUUGUCCAGGAAAUGCAUCGCUAAACAGACCUUCACUACUAAAAAGCCACAAUUAAAAAUAAACGUUAUCUCAUAGCUACCGAGAACUGCAACAGUUUUAGCAUUCGUGGCGACGCAGCUGCCCAGCAUUGUUCAUAGUCUGAUACUUCAUUAAAAAAGAUUUCAGAACAACGACAGCUAAAUGGUGUAUCAACCUUCUGAACAAUAAAGUUUGGUGUCUGACGGUCAUAUCGGACAGCGCAUUCAGCGCUCAACGUGUCCGGUGUAUUUUUAACCCUCGGUUGCUGCAUUACCGGAGUCCCGUCCACCCACGUGCUUCAAAACGCUGAGACGGAGGCAGCAAUAACACACACUUUCUGCGGCUCUGCCCGUCCGAGCGCAGCGACAGGGGGCGUCCGACGUGUUACCGAAGCGCAGGCGGUGGGUGCAGUCGGGGCCGCUGUAGGGAGGGAGGGAAGUGAGGAAGGGAGGGCGAGAGAGGAGAAGGAGGGAUGGAGAUGGAUGAUAGAUGCUUAUGUAGCGCGUCCCGUACGUUUGCCGUUAUGCUCGGCCGCAGACAAACUUGCAUCCUCCCAUGACUUUAUUUCUUUCCCCUGCUGCUCCACCCAUGAAGCAGGACGCAGGGCGAAUGCGUGCCAGUGUUCCGGAGCGCGUCGUGAUCGCUUAUUUAUCCGUCUGAUAAAUGGUUUUGGAGCUCGCCGCGCCCGCCGGUGCAGGCCCUGCGCUCCAGCGCUGCAUCCCGCACAUCCAGCGGGUUUUCCGGGUCAGAGUGAGCUACAGCACCGCCGAGCCCAGCUGCAACAGCCCCAACGCCGGCUCCAGUAUCAUCGUAAACAUCGAGGACGGCAAGGAAGAAGACUGCACUAAAGCUAAAGAGUACAUUGUGUCGCUGAUCAGUCCUGUGCAUAAGCACCGUGAGCGUUUGACUCUUUGGCUGCAGCGGCGACUGCAUGCCCUACGUGCAGCUAUUGAGUACGAGAGCUGCGCCGUGGUGCAGGUGAGGGACCAUGCACUGGAGCUUCAGGGAGGUCAUGCACAGGUAACAGCUGCUUGCGCUAUGCUGCAGCGGCUGAAGAUGGAGCACCGCGGCUGCCGCGACCCUCAGCCCUCGCCAGCUGCUGCUGGCCACGACUCUCCAGAAGAAGAGGAAGAGGAGGAUGAAGAAGCUGGGGAAGAGGGGACCAGUUCGGAGAGCGAAGGAGAGACGCGGUCACGGAGCGGGAGUUCUGGAGGAGGUGUUGACACAGCGGGCUCAGGAGAAGGAGCGACGGGAAGGAGGCGGGACCCGCUCGUAGCAACCAAACCUCACCGGCAGCUGUGCCGCUCCUCUUGUUUGGACCGUCCCAGCUUCAGCCAGAGCAGCACCUUACAGGAGUUACGUGCAGAUGAUACCCGCACCGACCCCUCCCAGAGAGCCCUUGCUCCUCCCGUCUCCACAGCCCAAAUGCCCUUACGUCAAACCAGCGAUCGAGAUUACCAAACCAAAAUGGACUUUGCUCUUAAACUGGGCUACUCUGGAGAGCAGGUGGAGUCUGUGCUGAGUAAACUGGGGUCCAGCGCGCUAAUCAAUGAUGUAUUGGCCGAGCUAGUGCGGCUAGGGAAUAAAGGAGAUCCGGAGAGCCAGGCAGCAGCGGGCACUGCAAGUUUAGCACCACGGGCGGUGGGAGCCAAAGAAGCCGUAAGUCCCGAGGCAUCACUGGAAGAAGACCCAUCAGACACGUAUGACAACCUCAGACCAAUUGUGAUUGAUGGAUCCAAUGUUGCCAUGAGCCAUGGAAACAAAGAGUUGUUCUCAUGCCUGGGCAUUCAACUGGCUGUUGAUUGGUUCCUGGAGAAGGGCCACAAAGAUAUCACAGUUUUCGUCCCAGCAUGGAGGAAGGAACAGUCAAGACCUGAUGCACCAAUCAAAGAUCAGGAGAUCCUGCGAAAAUUAGAAAAGGAAAAGAUCCUCGUCUUUACACCUUCUCGCAGAGUCCAAGGCCGGCGAGUGGUUUGCUACGAUGACCGUUUUAUUGUCAAGCUGGCCUGCGACUCAGACGGGAUCAUUGUGUCCAACGAUAACUACAGAGACCUGCAGAAUGAGAAACCGGAGUGGAAGAAAUUUAUUGAGGAACGACUCCUUAUGUACAGCUUCGUCAACGACAAGUUUAUGCCUCCUGAUGAUCCUUUAGGCAGACAUGGACCCAGUCUGGAAAAUUUUCUCCGCAAACGACCAGUGGUUCCAGAGCACAAGAAGCAGCCGUGUCCUUAUGGUCAGUACAGCAAAAGUAAGAAGUGCACGUACGGCCAUAAGUGCAAAUACUACCACCCAGAAAGAGCCAACCAACCACAACGGGCUGUCGCAGAUGAGCUCAGAGCCUUCGCCAAACUCUCCGCUGUAAAAACAAUGAGCGAGGGGGCACUUGCAAAAUGUGGGACCUCUGGUUCUGCUGCCAAGGGAGACGGUAGCUCAGAGGCAAAGAGAGUGGCACCCAAGCGCCAGUCUGACCCCAGUAUCCGGUCGGUUGCCUGUGAGCAGGAAGAGAGACUCUGUCCAUCGCGGAAGGCCGAGGCCAGUUCAGUACCAUCUUUAGUGUCAGCGCUUAGCGUUCCAACUAUGCCACUGACAAAAAGUCACGCAGCUGGUGCUCUGAACACACGCUCUGCAAGCAGCCCUGUUCCAGGGUCUCUGCACUUUACCCACAGCUCGCUCGAGCAUGCGGGCAGUGUCCAAUAUCCUCCCAUCCUAGUCACCAAUAGCCAAGGCGCAUCUGUGGCUUACGGUGAGCCGUUUCCCAAAUACGACUCUGUGGUAAGCGACCACGGCUACUAUUCCAUGCUCAGUGACUUUUCCACCAUGAGCCUCCAGGACAGUUUCUGCAGUCUUGAGCAGCCAGAACCUGUAGGGGUGGGUGGAGGAUAUCCUGGCAGAGCUCCUAGUAUGUGCCCAGAACCCGGCCGAAGCCAUUCGUCGGACUCCUUCUCGUCCUACAGUGGAGAGAUGUACCUCAACUCAUUGGAGGGCAGCCUGGACGACAGCAUGAAAGGGCCAUCUGCGCAGGCUCCGACGCAACCUUUGGCACAAACACGCCUUCAAGCCUUUGCUCACGGUUUCCACCAUGAGGCCUUGACACGUGUGCAGAGCUACGGAACGGAUGAACCCAAACCAGGACCUCGGAAGCAAUCCUCCGCCCACCUUGCGCCUCACUCCCAACACCCGGUUGUUGGCGCUCGAUCCAGCUGCCCAGGAGACUACCCUCCUCUCUCCCAGAAUGUGUUGCCUUCUGCCAGUCCCUCACAGCAGGGUCGGUCCUUAGGCAUGACCCGCAUGGACAGCAUCUCUGACUCACGGCUCUACGAGAGCAACCCACUGCGCCAACGCCGACCCCCUCUUUGUCGGGAGCAGCAUGCCAGCUGGGACCCUUUGCCGUGUGGUAAUGAACCUUAUAGUUACGGAGGCUAUGGUUUAGCGGGAGGACUCAUGCCUUGUUGCGAGAGGGUGAUGGUCCGCAGCAUGCCCGAGAAGAUGGAGCAGAUCUGGAGGUCCCCGUGGGAUAGUGUGCCGCCUCCACCGCCCGCCGCUCGUGGGCCAGUGGGGGAAUCCCAGGAGCGGCACCCUAUUCCAGAACACCAGUAUCAAACCUACCGAAACCUCUGUAACAUCUUCCCGGCAUAUGUGGUCCAUUCAGUCAUGGAGAAGAACCCUCACAUGACCGAUCCCCAGCAGCUGGCUGCCGUCAUCGUCACUAAACUGCGCUCUUGCCACUAAGCACAUCACAAAAGGCUGCUAACAACAACACUACAUGAUAUGUUGAUAUCCUAGCGGAUGAGAAGUUGGACAACUCAAAUGUUUUGUGUUUUUGUUUAGCUCUGAAGAAACGGCCUUCCCCCAUACGUAAUUAUGAUUGGAUUGGAUCCAUUAGGAGGUUGGCUAGCAUGAUAGCAUUGAUGCUGCAUCAGUUUAUGUCAUCCGUUAAGCCAUAUGGGAGCCUGGAUCUUGUACCUGAUAAGUUUAGCAUAGAAAAGUGAGAUCCCUCAACAAAACAAAAGUCUUCUGUGAAGUCCUGCUGACCAUUCAGCUACUGAGAUGGGCCAAAAUGUUCUAGAGGUUUAGGGUGGCCUGAAAAAUUUUUCAUAAAGCAGACUCAAAAGUGUAUCCACAUUGAGAGAGCAACUCUGCCUGCCAGUUUGAUGGCAGAUCUUGAGAAUGUGUUAUUUUGUGGGUGAUAACAUUUAUCCUUUGAAAAGGAGUUACAUGAGAGAAAUCUCUUUGGUAAAACUGAUCAGAAAUGAUCCUGCACAAUAUGAAUAGUAUUGUGUAUGUAUAUGUGUAUUCACUUGCAUUCGCGUGUAAAUAUGAUGUGACGCUGUGGUGUUUUUUUUUUUUGUUGCGUGCGUGCGUGAUGACCUGAUGUGUGAUUUCGGAAAGCGGAAUGAACGCUUGCGUACCUCAAAGCAUGAACUACGACCUUUGAACUUUUAUGGCCUUACAUCGGAGUGACCUCACCAUACGUUAAUGUGAAUAGUGCUUAAUAGUUGUGGAGGUCACAUUUGUUUUAUAAAAGCGAGCACUGGGACAGAGAGGUUUAGAUUCUGCCAUGCUGCAGUUCAGACGUUUUAAUUGGAUGGGCUGUAACUGCAAACCUGCCCUGCAACGUCUGUUCGCGCUCAUGCACAGAUGUGUAUUUACUAAGCCAUUUUAAAAGACUGAGCCAAAAAGAUAAUCGGUGUACGUUUUUUUUGAUCGGAAAUUACUAGGUAAAUCUAGCUGAAGAGAAGUUAUCCAUGUGUAUUUCCUUAAUGUUGUUCUUGUACUGUAGAUUUAAAGAGAGAUGUUUGAGCAUUUGGUAAGCAUGGGCUUCAGUAAAUCUCUCCCAGACAGCAUGUUAGCAUUAUGCUUGACAGAGAGUGCUACUCACGUUUGACUUGGUAGUCAAUAACUAUGUUAAAGUAUUCACAAACUGGGGAGGAGAAUGCGUCUGUUCGGCAAAAUGCUCUUGUGCAGCAUCUAUUUCCUGAUUGAUGCCGAUAGACCACUCCUUUUCAUCUGCUCCCCCCUGUAAAUGAACAUAUUUUCAGGAGAGCGUGAAUGUUAUCAAUCCAGAGAUGCUCUGGGUGUUUUCAAAAGACUUAAAUUGCUCCAUUUUUUUUUUUUUUUCAUGAGCACAGGUGUUGCCCCGUGGGGCCCCGUUACUGCUCGUGGGAAGGUGUGACACACUGCCUACCUGUCUCUUCCUGUGCGACACACACAAGGAACACCAGGCUGUUGUUGGGUUGUUUCUGACAUUUGGCUGACAGUUUGCUUGCUGCCUCUCGACCGCCCCCCGACCCUGCUUUCGACUUGGACUCAAAAUCCUUCCUCUCAGCGCUUUAAUACGAACACAGACGGUUUACCUUCCUUUUAGUUUAGUUUUUCUUUCUUUCAGAAGGCCAUUAUUAAGUUUUAAAUAAGAGGUUUUUCUAAAUUAAUAUUUUUAAAUGUUUAUUUUUUUGUUUACAUGUAUUUUAUUUAUUUACAUGUAUUUACAUGUUUUUGGCCAGAACAUAUUUAUGCAAAUACAGAAAUGCAGACACUAAUGCUUGGUCAGUGCAUUGAAAGUGUACAUGAUGACGUGAGUUUUCUGACUAAUAGCAACACAAGAAUGUUCUCGUUCUCCUAAGUCCUUCACAAGCGAUCGUUCUGAGCUGUGACAUCAAAGGCAGUACACAAUAAAAUAAGAGCCUUCAGAAAAUCUGGCAUUGGCAAAACAUCUAUUUUAAAAUGUUAUUUUAUGCUCUCAUAUUGUGAGAUUACUAUUGCCCUCUUUAGUACUCCUUGUGGCAGAGUUGCAGUUGUUUGUGUUAUGAAUUGACACAUUUUGGAAUGCAAUGACUUGAAAUCCUGCUAGAAGUGUUAGAGUGGUCAUAUCUAUAAUCUAUUAGCUUUUUUUUUUUUAAUUUUAUUUUAUUUGUGGGUGAAAUGCAGUCAUUUCAGUAGUAAUCCACUGAAUUGGGAAUUUCCAGUGAGAAUGAAAGAUCUGCCCACACUGAUCUCGCAGUGGGUUCAAGUUGGUCAACUGACCCUUUUUGCCCACAACAUUUUGCCAAUGUGACCAUGCCUUUAGCAACAUUGAUGUAUUUACAUAGAGUAUGUUUCAGGCCUAAAUGUGUUUUGUUUUUGUUUUUUUUCUUAAGAUGUUUUUACAGUUGGGUCUCUCCUCUUCCCCCUCUUCUCUGAACCUAGGAGCAAGAAAAUCCUGAAGAAUAUUGUUUCUAGAGCAAACUAGAAACUUUUUUUGUAAAUUAAGACAUUGCUGUCCGCUGCUUAUGCUCCAAGGUUCAGACCCCCAUGCAGUUGAGCAGCAAGCUUCCACACAUCAAAUGUCCAGAAAUGACCUUUUGCUUGUUGAUACAAAUUGUAUCUAUUUCUUGAUUGUAAAAAAAAAUAUAUUUCUGAGCUGUACAGUAUCACUUAUGAGUAUAUAUAUAUAUCUAUAUAUAUUUAAAAAAAAAAAAAAGAAGCUUAGUUUUGUUUAAAAAAAGGAUAAAGAAAUAUAAUGCCAUAAUGUCAGUGAUACCGUGUGUCACUCGAGUAGCCCAUAGAGAUGGCUUAUUUCCUGCCGGGCAGACCACUACAGACAGGGAACUCUCUCUCUCUCUCUCUCUCUCUCUCUUUCUUUCUCUCUCUCUUUUAAUUUUUUUCCCCCUCCGUCCUCUCCUUCACUUUUCCAUGCCUCCAAAUUUGCUGUUUGAUAAUUAUUUUGGAAAGUGAUAGUUUACCUCAGUGGAGCUGAACUUCAUUUCUGUUUGAAGGAUUUUUAAGGCGUGGUUUUAUAUAUAUCAUCAUUUAGUCUCUUUCUCUCGCUCUCUCGCUCUCUCUCUCUCUCUCUCUCGCUCUGUUAAAGGUAUAGAUUCAGGAGAGAGACAUUCUGACACAAUCAGUGUGCUCCUAAUAUAUUUUUCCUCUUUGUAAAUAUUGAAAAUUAAUGUCAAACCUCUUGUAUUUGCACAGUAUUAGUGCAUUUCAUCUACAUGGACACUGUACCAGCUUAUUCGAGCAGGAUCUGUCUCUCAUACACACUUAGACUCGAUAGGUUGCCUUGACAACCACAGUCAGCUGAUCACAUGCUAUCAUUAGUACUGAAAUAACUAAUGUAAAAUGUUGACUAUUGUGUGUGCACUAGUGUGAAUUUAUGGUAAAUUCACCACUGUUUCACCUGUAACAUAGUUUACCUUCUAUAGUAAAGACAUGGAGGUGCCAUUCCAGGUUAAAGAUGAAACUUUAAUUGGAUGGAAUUUGCACAGUAUUAUUUUAUUUUAUUUUUUUAAUUUAGCAAAUAGAUGAGUUUGAGUAACUGAAGUUGAUGAUUCUCUCACGAGUGAAAUGUGAGCUUUAUCUCGAGUCUCGUACUGAAAGAUGUCCACACAAACACAUGAACACGCGCACCUCGUAAUCUGCCUUACAGUUGAACUACUUAGGUUUGUGAGAGUCGAGCACAUUCUGACUGUACAGCACCGAGCAUUGCGAUUCUUGCUUGUCUUUUUUUAUUCUUGUAAGCAGAAGCACUAAUGGGAAAAUUAGUUUUUUUGCCUUCAGCUCUUAAUCUCAAUUGGUGUCUGAAUGGACAACCUGAUUUAACUGGACGAACUGCCAGUUUUUCUGUUUAAGUUUGAUUAGAAUGUCCAAGAAGAAUCCACAGGACAAACGGACAUGCCCAAAGGAGAAAAACGUCAAAAACAAGCAAAUGGGCAUUUCCAACUAUCAGAAGAGGUGGUUUGCAGAGCUGAUGAAUUCUGUACAUUUACAUGUAUGUUUUCAAUAUUGAAUACACCAGCUGUAACUCGCUCACACAAACACACUCACCAACCGAUCGAUUCUCAGGAACUAACAGAUGUAUUAUUAUUUCUGCUCCUUUAUGAAAGACAUUAUCCUUGAUGUUUGCUCUUAUAAAAUUGCGGCAAUUUGUGAAGUAGUGUGGAUGAUCUUGAAAACGUGUUCUUAAAUUCGAGUUUUGCUGUUUAUUUAACAUUUCCCCCCUCUGUAUUGUAGGUUUUUUUGCGCCUUUGCAGGUUGACCGAGUGGUCUUAACACUUUUGAGUCUUGUGCUGUGAUGAUGAUGACAUACGAUAGUAUGUUUACUCUCUACUGAAUGAAACGUUGCUUUUAAACUUGUUUUCAAUAUGACAAAACAAGAACCAAAAAAGAGAAUGAGAAAAAAAAAAGAAAGAAAGAAAGAAAGUGAAAUAGAGUGAAAAACUUUAUAAUGCUUUGGGUCUGUGGACUCAAACAAAAUGUAAGUCUCAAUGACAAAAGGUGUUUGUUCCUCUCAAUAAAGCCAGACUCUAUUUGGUUAACUGUUAUCAUGCCUGUGUUCCUACUGGUUGUGUGUUUGACUGUAGAUAGUAAAUGAAUGAAGCAAUACUGAGAAAGAAAGAUGGUAAUAUUGCAAAACACCAGAGUAAGACACUAUUACUGAGUUAGAACAGAACCACCAAAAAACAAAACAAAAAAAAAAACACUAGAUUUAGAUUUUCAUUGCUUUAGAUACAAAAUAUCAAACCAAGUGGCAAGCAAAUUAUAUUUUUUCCUCAGAAAAACCUUUUCAAUUAUUUUUUUUAAUCAGUUUGUCUAAUGGUCACCAUUCAUGGAUUUCUGAAGUCGGUUCCUCUCAAGUUCACACAGGUGUCCUAGGAAAAUAACCACUGUUUAGUUCAUUAUAUUGACAAUAAACAUGUUCCACAAAGUUUGAAAACCA